AUUUAAGUGUAUUGUUAUUAGAGUAAUGAUAUACCGGAGAGAUUUUGGUUGGAAUUGGAAAGGCCAGCAAAGGGUAGACAGCUUUUAGUUCAGUUGUAGUCAGAGGCGGUUGAACUUACUUAAUUACCUUUUGCGUAACGUCGGAUUUUUGGAAGAGGAGGAAGAAGAAGCACAAGGGAAAGGAAAGGCUGAGGAUGGUGACGGUGGAGGGGACGGAGACAACGCCAGAGCCGCAGCCGAGGGUAUUUAAGGGAAGAGAAGAAUUCGAAUCGAACGUACUACACACAGUAGUGGCGCUGGGGAUAUGGCUGGGGAUCAUCCAUUUCAACGUCGCUUUGCUCCUCUUCUCCCUUUACUUCCUUCCUCUUUCCAAAUCCCUUUUGGUUUUCGGAUUGCUUGUGUUAUUUAUGGUCAUUCCCGUUGACGAUAAAAGCAGAUUAGGCCGACGAUUGUCCAGGUAUAUUUGUAAGCAUGCUUGCAGUUACUUCCCAGUGACUCUGCAUGUAGAGGAUAUACAAGCCUUUGAUCCUGCUCGUGCUUAUGUCUUUGGUUAUGAACCACACUCAGUUUUGCCAAUUGGCGUUGUUGCACUUGCUGACCUUACAGGUUUCAUGCCACUCCCAAAGAUAAAGGUCCUUGCUAGUAGCGCUGUGUUCUACACACCUUUUUUGAGGCACAUAUGGACAUGGUUAGGUCUUGCACCUGCAACGAAGAAAAAUUUCACCUCCUUCUUGGAAGCUGGUUAUAGCUGCAUCAUAGUGCCAGGGGGAGUGCAAGAGACAUUUCUUAUGGAGCAUGGUUCUGAGAUUGCUUUCCUCAAGACAAGAAGAGGAUUUGUUCGCAUAGCCAUGGAGAUGGGCCAUUCUCUGGUUCCAGUUUUCUGCUUUGGUCAGUCGCAUGUUUAUAAGUGGUGGAAGCCAGGUGGGAAGCUCUUCCUACAAUUUUCUAGAGCUAUCAAGUUCACUCCAAUAUACUUCUGGGGAAUUUUGGGAUCUCCUUUACCCUAUAGGCAUCCAAUGCAUGUGGUGGUGGGUAGACCAAUUGAGCUCAAGAAAAAUCCACAACCCACCAUGGAAGAGCCAGGAAAGGAGAGCCAGGGUUCGUUGCUGACCUGGAUGACCUGCCCAUGGAGUCUCAUGAUUCUCGCUCAAACUCACACGCCUGUCUCUACCCAAGACCCCAGCAUUACAUUGUCCAAUGAGGAGACUCCUUUGCUUCACGCUUAUCUUUUGAAGCAUCUUGUUUUUGAACUGAACACAACAAAUCAAUAGGAAAUAGAUUUUAACAUGAAAAGAAGAUGGAGGGGGAACUUAUUUGCAUUGGCAUGUUGUGUUUUCUUGAGUCAUAGCUUCUGAUGUUAAUAUGUUAUGCAUAUUGACUUCAGGCGCCGUCUCAUAUGCUUAAAAGUGAUGAAUACACUGGCUCAGGCUGCACUAUA